AGGUUUUGAUCUUGAACCUUUCAUAGAGACUGAUGAAAUAGUUGUCACAUCCAAAGAUAAGAAUGGGACUGGGCGCAACCUCAUGUGGAAAGGGGACAGUAGAUGGGUGGAAGUAACUGUUGGUGUUAUAGGCAAACGUGGCUCUAUGCACUCUCUUAGUCCUAGUGUCACUGUUAAGGAAACUGGUGACAUUUUGUCACUAGAGGAAAAAUUCCAAGGUGGGACAGGCAUCAAUCUGACUCCACCUCCCUUGUCAAUCAUGAGUGAAGCGGCUUUGAGAACCUGCAAGCAGAAUAUUGAACUCAUUGCAAACACCCUACAAUUAGAAGGAUUUUCGCGCAUUGAUGCAUUUGUCAAUGUUGACAGUGGAGAGGUUUUAAUCAUAGAGGUGAAUACUGUGCCUGGAAUGACACCUUCCACUGUUCUGAUUCAUCAGGCUCUAGCAGAGAACCCACCUAUGUAUCCUCACCAGUUCUUCCGCAAGCUACUUGAUUUGGCAUCUGAAAGGUCCUCCACAUGAGAAUUUCUGCACAGUUCUUGUCAAAAUGCUUGGUAACUGUUACUGUGUGUAUUGUGUGGUACAGAUAAUUAUUCUAGCCUUCAACAAUGGUGGUUUAGUGAAUGUUGAUGUUAUUUUGUAAAAAUUAUAAAAUCCAUGACGGUGGUUUGAUUCA